AUGGGCCCAGAGGGUGCUGGGGAUUUUCCCCCCACCUUUCCGUCAUGCGGGGCGCGCACCAGGCAAAAAGUCUGGGCACCCAAACCUACUGGAUCCAGCGGGUGGGUCCUUUAUAAAGGCCUUUUAGGUCCCAAAGAUGAACUUCAGGCGUUGUUUCAGGCUUUUUUCUGUAUUUGGGCAGAAGAUCUUUCGAGGGUCCCGGAAGGGUUUUUAAAAGCCCUCGAUGGGGGGUGUGGGCCACCCGGGGACGGACAGGAGGCUGGGGUCAUUCCGGAGAUCGUCUGGGUCGUUGAGGAGGUUCUGAAGGAGACCUCAUUUCCCAAAUCCCCUCCUGUCGGUGAUGGGGCGUCCACUCCUUUGUCCGCCACGAUGAGCGUGGGGACCCCAAAAAUUUUCCUUUUUUUGCCCCGGGGUGGCAAGGGUUCUCGGGGAUGUCGGGAGAUCGGGCGAUCCUCCAGCGUCGUCCGCCCGGAUGGAUGGGAUGAUGGGGACUUUCCCCCUUUUCUUCGUUGGGACAUGCCAAAAGCCAGGCGUUUGGGGGGAAAUCGGCUUUUCUCAUCGGGUGAGGCCGAGGGGGAGAUCCAAACGGGUUGUCUGCCCCCCGAUGGGGAAUCGGGCGCUUUAAACCCCCCCAGGCCGGGGGAGGGGGCCCUUCCCGAGCGGGGACCGGUCAAAGAACCCAUUUCCGGGCGGAUAAUUCGCCACAUCUUGGAGGGUGCCUUCCAAGCACCAAGUGUAAGGAUAUUUUAUUGUUUAAACUUUUUCCACUGUUGGGACCGCUGCGGUAAACUGGCCAGAUGUGUCGUGUCCAUGCCAGCUCAGUCACGGGUCCACCUGCCGAACUCGGGUGUCAACGGUAAUGUCACCAGAGAGCGGGCUGAAGGCUUCCAGCGUUCCAGACCUGCCCCCCGUUGCUCGCGGUGCUAUCGCCACAGGACUCGGGUGACUUCUUUGCGUCUUUCACGGAUGGCCUCGAGCUCAGCUGCUCGCUUAUCUACGGAAAGCGCCGCUGCGCGGACUGAAAGGUUGGCUUCAACCAUAUCCGCACGCCGCGCCAGGCUUUCAGUUGAAGAACGUUCACUUCAGAAUUCCCAGGACGCAGUCUGCGUGGCUAGGUUGAGGGCUUCACAGUCCCCAGCACAGAAAACCCUUCGUCGUUUGCGGGAUGCCACCGCCAAAGCUUGUUCCAGGGGUUUAGAAAGCCCCGAACAAACAACUUCACGUCGUCUUAGGAAUACUAGGGCUACAGCCGCCUCUACAGCUUCGGAACAACCCCAAGAAACCGAUCACCGUCGCUUUAGAAAUAGCCUAUCCACCGCGUCUGCCAGAGCCUUAGAAAGUCCUGCACAGACCACUGCUCGUCGCGUUAGAAAUGCCCGCUCUACUGCCGUUGUCAUCGAUGCAGACAGACGGCCUCACGUUGAGCAUGAGCGUCGCUUCAAUGCUCCUGCAUGUAAUGAAGUCGCCGCAGUCAUCCACGGUGAGGAGCAUAACAGCCGUGACAUUGUCAUAAGGUACCGGGGCGGUGGUCUACGCCGCAUCAAUGAAACCCACCGUUUAUACGACUGUCUCCAGUACACCCUUCUUUUUCCAUACGGAAGCGAUGGGUACCACUUCAAAAUCCCAAUAUACCAGGCAAGCAGCGAUUCCAUGUCGACCUCAAAGACGAUCUCCUGUAGGGCUUACUACGCCUACAUGUUUAUGGUCAGGGAGGGUGAAUUUAACCACUUGCACAGGUGCCGUCAACUAUUUCUUCAAUUCGCUGUUGACAUGGCUGCAAAAAUGGAGUCGGAGAGGUUAGGAUUCAUCAAGUUAAACCAAUCCAAACUUAGAACUGACUCCUACAUUCACCUUCGUGAUGGGCUGCGUUCUGAUGGUGACCCACGCAAUCUCGGCAAACCGUGCAUUUUGCCUUCCUCUUACACUGGUGGCCCUCGAUACAUGCAUGAAAGGACACAAGAUGCAAUAACCUAUGUCCGUCAUUACGGGAGGCCUGAUUUGUCUGUCACGAUCACGUGCAAUCCGAAAUGGGUUGAAAUCACACGCGAACUUUUUCCAGGUCAGCAGUACUCACACCGCCCUGACCUAAUUGCCCGCGUUUUCUGGUUACAGCUGUGUAAGCUUAUGGAUUUAAUCCUUAAAGGGCAAGUCUUCGGACGCGUUAAGUGUCAUAUGUAUACAAUGGAAUGGCAGAAACAAAGUGUGCCUCAUGCCCACAUUCUGCUGUGA